AUGGCCAGCGAGCAGCCCUUGACCUUCAACCAAGCCGUCCGUGGCGUCACCGAGUUCAUUGAAGUCGCGACACACACCAUCUUUGUGGAGGGUGCAAUCACUAAGCACAACUCGGGCAAAUGUACCGGGAUGGUCAGCCUCGCCAUGGUGUCCGGGUGGUUCGACCUGACCAUCGAUCCAGAUUUGUCCUUUGCUAUUCUCUUGGAAUUACAGGACAACGUAGCACCGGCCGCGUCUCCUGGCGAGGACCCGCCGCCAUGGAUACCCGCAACUACAGCUCACACAACCGCUGGUGCAUCUGACACGGCUGAACUUCAUAUGAUUCGAGCAGUUGACACAGGCAUCAUUAACAUCUCUAUGGCUGUUCAGGAGUCUGUGUUCAAACUUGCUCUCGAUACGGAAGAGAAGCAAGAAAGCAAGGGUAAAGGGAGGGAUGACAGGAGUGCCUGA